UUUUCGCAAAAAAAUCCUCGGGAAACCUUGAGAUGAGUGAAGGAGUUCUUUUCCAUAUAAAUACCCAACACUGGGGGAGGGUCUUUAGUACAGUUGCAACCACAGACCCUAACAUGGCUCUUCUCUUCGUGGCGAUUUUGGCCGUCGUCUUCAGCGUGGUCUCCAGUGGCGUCGUCCCAGCCUACCAUGGCUACGGCCCCGUGCACCACGACCCCCUCGAAGGAGUCGAUUAUUACGCCCACCCUCGCUAUUCGUACAACUACGGGGUGGCCGAUGGGUUGACAGGCGACCACAAGACCCAGCACGAGGUCAGGGACGGGGACGUGGUCAAGGGUUCGUAUUCGGUGGCGGAGCCUGAUGGUACAAUUCGCGUGGUUCAUUACGCCGCUGACGACCACAAUGGGUUCAAUGCCGUGGUAACGAGGAUUGGAAAGGCGGUGCACGCCGCCCCCGUGGCGGCGGCGCACGGUUUCCUGGGCCAUGGCCACUAUUAGGCCCUUUAAUCGCAGGCAACGUUGUAAUUUUUUUUGAAUAAAGUGGUGCGACCUUG